CACUACUAUUCUGUUUUUUUUUUUUUUUUUUUUUGUAUUUGAGGGGCCAGAGUGGGAGGGGAGGGGCUUCUCUCCUCGGACCAUUCCACACAUAAUUGAUUUUAGCCUUUUUUUAUUAUUACUCUUCGCUUAUUUCAAUUGGCUUGUCUUUUUUAAUCACACACCCACGGAGAAGGAACAAUUACGAAACGAAUCAUAAUCAUCACGAACAAAAUCACUUAAUCGAUGGGAAUCGAAAACGAUUUUCAUUGAGUGAAUCUCAUCGGAAUUUUUGUGUGUGUGCAGCUUUUUUUUGAAAUUUAAUUUGACAAGGGCCUUGUGUUUUUUUUUAUGGAAUCGUUUUAUUUGAUAGGUGGGGGAUUCCGUUUGUUGAAGAGAUAAUAAGUCGUAUACAAUUUUGAAACAAAAGAAAAACGAGUCUCGACGCUGUUUGUGCUUUCACGUCGUUCCCAAGUAUUAGAGCGGAUAGGGGGUGUGUAUUGUGUCAUUCGAAACGAUUUAUAUUCCCCUAGCCCACCCUCAAUUCAUUUUUUUUUCUCUAUUUGCGAUGCGAUAUUGUCAUUUUUCUACCUGUUCUACUACCAAGUACACUAUUUUUUAAAUGGUAGACAGUGAGAGGGAAGGAGGGUCACGGCACAGAGUUUUAGUGCAUGUUUUGUUUCGUUGUCCUCAUCCGUUCAGAAAUGGCGCAGGCUGAAUAAUUAUUUUUUACUGGUAACUUUUUUUUCUACUCUCGAAUUAUUCUUUUUAACCUUUUAAGUUAUAUUUUGAUUACUCUUCUUUUCGAUCCCAUUUUUAUGGUCUUUUUUUUUCUAAUUCUCUUAAAAAAUUAUCUUGACAUCGUCGGCCACCUCUUCGAUAUUCUUCAUUUUUAUGUGUCAGUUUUAAAAAAAAUUUCAUUUGCCUUUUUAUUCUUCCGCCUCUAUGUGUGUGUGUGUGGUUGUGUAUACUGUACGUGGGCUCGUGCGGGAGGACUUGCACCAAAUCCAGGAAUCGCAAACGAGGUUUUUUCCCGUCUGCGUGAACAAGCUUAAAAACACAUUUUUGUAAGGAAAACCAAAUUUUUCGACUCACUUCUUCCUAUAAUUUCCCUCCCCCCACUCCCCUGAUGUGCCUUGAUAAGCAACUCACAACCCACCAGUUGUUCUUUUUGCCGCAACAUAAUUUUAUUCAUUCAUUAGUAUUCACCAUAUCCGCCGCUAAAAACAAAAAAGUCGUCGCCGUGCAUUUUUGCAAUUUAUUUAUUUAUUUUCAGCAACAACCACAAAGCGAAAAUUGUUCCGUAUGUCGUGUCGCGUGUCUGUUUAUCCCCUCACUACUAUUUCACGCCGUUUCCAGCACACACACACCGCAGCUGCAGCAGACAAAAGAGAAACACUCUCGCAAAAACACUUUUUAAUGAUGUCCUGAUCGCCGUUUGUCUCGACCAUUCAUGAAUGUCCAAAAUCGUUCGUUUUAUUUUUUAAUUUCAAAAACUCCGGGGUCGAUUCUCCCUCAACUUUUCUUCUUUAAAUUUUUUUUUUUAAUUCUUUUUAUCCGAUGAUGAUGAUUUUAUAAUCGUGUCAUCUUUUUACGAUCAUGGCGGCUGUGUGACUCACUCGAAAUGCUGGGGGUAGUCGAAGAUGAAAAAAGACCAACUACUAUCAACUACAAGAUACACAGAAGAAGACAGAAGAAUCUACUGAUGAGGUGUGCAUAACUAUUUUGUAAUCGAUUGAUAUGAACAAAAAUACAAGAUUGUUUUUUUUUGUCGCUCCAAAAAAUGGCGAAUAGAUUUUUUCGAAAAACUGGGGAAAUUGAAUUACAUUUAUCGCGACAAUGUUGCUAGGAGGGGCGCAAUAUAGGGCAGUUUGGUGUACGUUGACGAUCGUAAUUCAAUCUCGAUUGAGCAUCUAUCAUCAGUGCGCGAAGCCGAAAGGGGUGGAAUGAUGAUGAACAUUAAAAAGGGUGGGGACGGCGAUGUAGAUAUAAUAAUAAUUGCAGUAGCGGUUUCUUCUUUUGGGGGAAAGAUGACGUCGGUGGGUUUGCGGGCGACAAACACAAACUGAUCGUUUGUCGGCUGACGGCGACAUUUGUUUGCGACACGGUCGUCGCCCACCAGUCGGAGAAGAUCAUCAUUGCCAACCAUCUUGUUUUUCCUAGUUGCGACUGUCGUCGUCGUCUCAGUGGGAAAGGCGGAUGAUGAUGACUGCUAAUCUACUCCCGCUCCCCCCACCCCCUCCUUUUUUCUUAUCUUUUUAUUUUUUCUUCCUCUCGAGUCAUUAGAACGACACUGUCAUAAGUCAGUCGUCUCUUUCUUCCCUGUGUACCAACUGGAGGAGAGACUAUCGAUCGACUGCUAAUGUAUGGCCAGAUGGAAUCGUAUCGCUCGCUUAUAAAAUAUGCCAGCAAAAGGGAAAACAUAUUUCUACCCUCUCCCCCCGUCCUCCUUUUGAUCUAUGCGCAAUUUAUUCCUCGCAUCUUCUUCUUGUAUAUACUGUCGGCCAUCAUAUGAUGACUGCCGCUCCAUUUGACCUGGGCUUGCCUCAUUCGAUUCUCUUCAAACCGUUUGGUUUUUAUUCUUCCCCUCCACAAAAAUGUAAGGAAUAAUUUUUUGAUAAUUUAUUGAAAAGAGAAUACUUGUAUUAAAUGUAUCGUUCAAUCAGCAGGAUUCGUUAUUUCAAAAGAAAAACCAUUGGCCAAUUUCGAAUGUGGUGGUUCGUCUGUUUUCAGAAUUUCCCUGAUCAUCAGUCAACGUGGAUUCGUUUAUACCAGCGGGCGAGUAAUUAUUCCCGCAGUAUACAUAUUACAUGUAGGUAAGUCUACCAUAAGUCCGUCUAUUUAUCCAAUUAGAGCAAUUUAGAGUUAGCCGAGGCAAUCGUCUACAUUAUGCGCCCAGUAGUUCAUCAAUUUACAAAGAGGGGGGAAGAAGCUAGGCGCUUGUUUUAUUCGCGGCUCAUGGCAAUGAGUUGCGCUUUACCGCAUUUAACGCUCUUAGAUUGAUUACAGCUAAGAAGACUUUGAAAACAGACAAAAAAUAACGCGGGUGCCGAUGAUGAACGAUGCCCGUAUAUUAUGUCCGUGUACGACGAACAACAAUUAAGGAUAAUAAAACUAACGAAGCCAUCAAUUAUUGCAUUCAAGGCGAAUGAAAAGGGGAUCCGCUAUAAAUCUAGGAACACGGUUGACGGAGUGAUAAAAAUACCAAUCCCGCUAUAGUCGCAUCGUGAUUUUCGCAAGUGAACUCCGAAAAACAAAAAUUUUACGCUCAAAAUAAAAAAGAAUGAAUUUCCGAGUUUUCUCUUAUUAUCCCGCUGGAUAUCGUUUAGAGAUACACCGGCGGUGUAUGUCCUGGUGGAUGUGUGUUACAAGGAAGAGGGGGGGAUUUGCUCUCUUAUUAUAUAAUAGCUUUGAAGAGAGAAAAAAAAGAGAAAGUGAAUAGAAGUAAAGGGGGUCCCAAAACUCAUUCUAUUAAGUGGCGAUUAUAGUCUCAGAGUUGUCGAGUGAAUGCGUGGGGCAAUUGUCGCGCCGCGCCGCUUUUGGCUUGUCCCGAUGGAGAGACUCGAUUUGUCAGGCUCUCGCCACCUCUUUCUUAGAUAGUUAUAUAUAUUCUUUCGAUGGCUGUUUGCAAGAUAGAGACAGACCGCCUGGCCUUUUUAUUUCUUAUUCGUUUUUUCCUGCCCCCUUCUUUGGUUGUAUCCCGUUUUUUCUUCUCUCGUGAUACGACAGAGAGGAGGGUCGCAAUAGUAUCUCAACUACACGCUUCAUUAAUUUGAAGGGUUGUAUGCUGCUAGUAGUAGUGUAGAACAGAGCAGAACUCUAUAGCGGCAGUCAGCAGCAGGAUGGUAUAGUAGUAGUAGGAGACUUGACAGUAGAAAUGGGACGUAUAAAAGGAGCCGCAUCACUUUCCAAUUACCGAGAUUGAGCCAGGAGGGGUUGGUGAUGGGAGUGUACAUGGGGUGGAUUGAUAUACACACACACCAGUACGGUACAGCAUUUUUUAUAAGUUUUGUUUCUAAAGAAAGAGAGAUAGGAAAGAAACGAGUCAAAGAAGCUUUUUGUUUUUCAGAUUUCGCCAUCCAUUUGAUCCUCUGCCAUUCGCAUUCAAAUGAUCCACCAGUGAACGAAUCAUCGCCAUUUGAAAAAGAGACGACUAAUUGAAUUGAACUUUUUCCCCCUCUUGCAAUAAGCCUCGAGUUAGAUUAUUCCUUUAGAUUUUGAGAUUUGUAUGUCGAGGAGCUCUCUGUUUUCUGUCUCUACAGUAGAACACAAGUUUAUCAGGCCGUCAUCGCUCCUGGAAGUCGUUCAAAAACGAUUCCAUUUUCUCGACUUUGCCAUCAACUUGCUACAGGCUUUGAUAUUGUAAUAAUAACUGGAAGGCCCAUCCGAGAACAAUGACGAUGUUUGAUCUUUCCAAUCGUUUCUGGAACUCUUGCCAAAAUGGACUGAAUUAUCAUAUCGUUUUGGGCUCCGAUUUAUUACGGAUAUUUACUUUGAACGAUAAUAUCGCCGGAUUAACUUGAAUCUCAUCCGGCCGUAUCCGACUUCUCCCUCGAUUCAAUUAGAAAUGAGACAACCGGAGAGAAUGAUUACGUGAGUGUCGAUGGCGAUCUGCCGUUGACUCGAGCUUGAAAGUUACGUGUUUUUGCGUACAGUACAUCCAGUAUCUUUAGGAUUUCCGUUCACUUGGCGGCAUCAAAGGCAUUGUUGGUAAGGCAUGGCGGAGAGGAACACAACUGACGUUGAUGGAUCCGGUCAUUAGUUCGUGUUACAACAGCAAUGGGCACGGGUCACACACAGCAGGAGUCAAAGAGGCAAGUUAUAGACGCAUCUAGAGAGAGGGGGGAGCGGGCGACACUUUUGCUCUUUUUAUUCCAAGACUGUGACGAUAAACCAUCGUCAUUAUUAUCUGAAAACACAAUUGUUGUUGUUGCUGCCGCUCUUGCGGUUUCCGACUGGUGGGGUGGGGUGGGGGAGUCCGGCAUCAGUCGCUCUAAAGACAUAAUUCGAUUAAUUCUUCUCCUUGGACCCCUCCCCGUGAAUUCUCUCUCUUAUAGGACCCGCCUGACAUUUACGUGCAUAAAUACACAAAUAAGAAUGGGAUUGGGAACGGGAACAAUCUAGCUGCUUGACAUUUAACAGGAAAUUCACCCUGGAUAUCCAUGUGUGCGUUUGUGUGUAAUUGAAUCAAAACAAAGAUUUAACGCACCGGAAACAAAACAAAAAAAUAAUAAUAAGAAGAAGAGUGUGUAAUGGCCCCAUCGCGAUUCUUUUACAAUACAGUAUAUACAUUUAGGAUCUGUCGAGCCAAAAUUCCGUCAUUGGCUGGAUCCGCCGUCCAAUUGGAAAGGAGCGAUCCUGCGCAGGACGCUCAGCAUCGGACCAAACCACCCAUUUGCCGCCGCAUUUAAUACUCGGGCGACUUCUUUUCCCUGUUAUUAUUGUCCAUCCAGACGACAACCCGGAAGGAUCGUCCAUUGCUCAAGUGGCCUCUAACCGAGUGAAAACAUCUUUCGCAAAGUUUCUACCGACGUCCCUAGUUUUUUUGUCUUUCAAAUGGCAGUUUUGCUGUUGAAUAAUAAAGAAAGUCAAGACUGUUUGUCCAUCAACAAGACGGGCUAUCCGGCCGACAGCACGGCCCACGACAAGGAAGAAGAAGAAGAAGAAGAACUGGAAGAUUCGUCCAGUCGUCGGCCGUCGUUCCGGCAGUUGCCGGCGGCCCUGAUCUUCAAGAGUGAUCCGUCUUCGUGCGGGAACCAGGAGCUGCUGCUGGCGGAGGAGAAUAACAAGCUCCAGUGUCCGCAAUCUCCACCGGGAUCUCCGUCGGCCGACGCCCAGAAUCGCGAUCUGCAGUCGGGGAAAAUCAAGCCGAGGAGGAGUCGAACCAACUUCACCCUGGAACAGCUGGCCGAGCUGGAACGCCUUUUUGAAGAGACCCACUAUCCGGACGCUUACAUGCGCGAAGAACUUAGUCAACGACUGGGACUUAGCGAGGCUCGCGUUCAGGUUUGGUUUCAGAAUCGACGAGCUAAAUGCCGGAAGCACGAGAGCCAGGGCCACAGUAAACACGACACUUCCAUCCUGUCGUUCGACCCGAUUGGACGAUCCAUUGGAGCUCAUCGUUCGUUUGGUGAACGAACUUCAGCCUCGAGUGUCUCCCACCAUCACCACCACACUCUUUUGCAUCACGUGAUGAACGAGAACUCUAUGGGCAUCCACCAUCCUCGAUUAUCCGUUGGCGGCAACUGCACUAGCGUGACCCAGCAGCCGGUAACGACCACUACGACCGUUACGUCAUCACAUUAUCACCACCAUCUCCAAGGAAUGGCCAGCACUAAACCGGCGACACCUUACUUAAUGUCGUCUCCAACAACAACGACGGCCGCAACGACUUCCUCUCCGGCGAUUAGCGAACGAAGUCGAGGAUUGGCGAUUCCGCCUCUGCCAUUACAUCCAUUCCCGCGUUUGAUGGAUGCCAGUACUCUUUUGGCGGCACAACAGUAUGUGUCGUCGUUGAAUAAUGUCAACGCCAAAUCGAUACCGGAAUGCGGAUCGGUUCCAUCGCUGAGUCCCCCGACUGCGUCUCUUAUUGCUCCACCUGUGACGAUGAUUCCGCCAGAGACUUUGGUCAGUUCGACGCCGACUUCUUCGCUGGCCUCGUUCUUCCUCCAUCCGGCUUCGCUGGCCGCUUCGUUGGCCGGAUAUCCUCCUCCACCUCAUCCGUGGACCAUCAGCUGGAUGAACGCGGCAGCGGCAGCCGCUGCCGCCGCCGGUUACGGUUUUGUUAGUAACCCAGCAGCUUCGGCGACGGUUGCCAUGGACCUGACGACAGUCCCGUCCGUUCAACACCGGGACCCGUACAAUUCCAUCGCUGAUCUCCGUCUCAAAGCUAAACGUCACGCAGAGGAACUCGUCGAUGUCUCCUCAUCCGGCAACAACAACAACAAUAACGGUGACGACAAUCCAUCUCCAAAUAGUUCUCUUUCGUAAUGUAUUUUUUAAAUUAUUAUUACUUAAAUUUCCAUUAUAUAAAAUGAAAGUGACAGAACACGUUUCAUCCAUCAUUUGUUGAAUCUGUGCUACUCUAAUGUGUUCAAUAGUUUAGUGCAGACAUUAUCCCUUUUUCUCUCAUUAUUCUCUGUAUGUUCCACUGUAUAUCUACAACGAAGAGAAAUACAUUUCAAUGGUGAAUUGUGA